AACCGGAACUCAGCCUUCCACCUGCUCCUUGGGGGCAGCUGCGGCAGGAAGGCCACAGGGUGAGGAGCAUCCAGCAAGCGGACUGGCCUCGUGGAGCACAGAUGUGAGGAACAAGGGGACAUCUGCCCGGGAAGCUGAGCUGGUUGUGGCCCGCAGCCCCAGGAACCCCAAAUGGAAGAGACCUGUCCAGAUGCGUGGAUGAGCGUUUGUAGGCACAGAAACGUGUACGCUGCCACGCAUGCACACCCAUGUAAACACUGGUACACACUCCAUACUAACGUGCAAGCCCACUACACACACUCGCAGCCACAUACACAAAGGCACAGGCAACACAGGAGCACACAGGAGCUGCGUGUACAGACACAACUCACCAUGCAGGAGGCACCUACUAAAGGCACAGGCACAGGUGUCUGCACGUGCCCAGGUACACACGUGCGCGUGCGCACCAACACAGGCACGCACGCAUUCCUGCACCACCCCAGCCCCAGCUCCAACACCAGCCACGGGGCCCCUGGAGAGUCCUGGCCGGCGGCUCUGCGGCUCUCCCUGGACCUCAGCCCGGCCCCGCCCCGCCCCCGCCCCUGAUUGGCUGUAUAAAUCCUCUCCCUCUGCCCCUGCCCUCACCCUCGCAGCCACCUGACCUCGCGCGGCUCCCACCUCGUCUGCCUCCGCCCACUCCUUCCAACCCGUCAGGUCCGAAGUGUCCCUGCUGGCAGCAUGGCUACGAAGUGUAAGUGUGGCCCUGGCUACCCCAGCCCUCAGGAGGCCAUGAAAGGACCCCGGGAGGAGAUUAUCUAUGUGCCCUGCAUCUACCGAAACACGGGCACGGAGGCCCCAGAUUAUCUGGCCACUGUGGACGUUGAUCCCAAGUCUCCCCAGUAUUGCCAGGUCAUCCACCGGCUGCCCAUGCCCUACCUGAAGGACGAGCUGCACCACUCGGGGUGGAACACCUGCAGCAGCUGCUUUGGGGACAGCACCAAGUCGCGCACCAAGCUGAUGCUACCCUGUCUUAUCUCCUCUCGCAUCUACGUGGUCGACGUGGGCUCUCAGCCACGGGCCCCAAAGCUGCACAAGGUCAUUGAGCCCCAGGAAGUCCACGCCAAGUGCGACCUGGGCAAUCUCCACACCAGCCACUGCCUGGCCAGUGGAGAGGUGAUGAUCAGCUCUCUGGGAGACGCCAAGGGCAACGCCAAAGGCGGCUUUGUGCUGCUGGAUGGGGAGACUUUCCAGGUGAAGGGGACGUGGGAGCGGCCCGGGAGCACUGCGCCCAUGGGCUAUGACUUCUGGUACCAGCCUCGACACAAUGUCAUGAUCAGCUCUGAAUGGGCAGCUCCCAAUGUCUUCAAAGAUGGCUUCAACCCUGCUCACGUGAAGGAAGGGCUGUACGGGAGCAAGUUGCACGUAUGGGACUGGCAGCGCCAUGAGCUCAUACAGACCCUGUCCAUGAAGGACGGCCUCAUCCCCCUGGAGGUCCGCUUCCUGCACAACCCCGACGCCAACGAGGGCUUUGUGGGCUGUGCCCUCAGCUCCAACAUCCAGCGUUUCUACCAGAACAAGGAAGUUACCUGGUCGGCGGAGAAGGUGAUCCAGGUGCCCCCCAAGAAAGUGUCGGGCUGGAUGCUCCCCGAAAUGCCAGGCUUGAUCACUGACAUCCUGCUGUCCCUGGACGACCGCUUCCUCUACUUCAGCAACUGGCUGCACGGGGACGUGAGGCAGUACGAUAUCUCUGACCCUCAGAGGCCCCACCUCGCGGGGCAGGUCUUCCUGGGCGGCAGCAUUGUUAAGGGAGGUCCGGUGCAAGUGCUGGAGGACCAGGAGCUGCAGUGUCAGCCGGAUGCCCUGGUGGUCAAGGGAAAACAGGUGGCCGGAGGCCCUCAGAUGAUCCAGCUUAGCCUGGAUGGGAAGCGGCUCUAUGUCACCACGUCACUGUACAGCGGCUGGGACAAGCAGUUUUACCCUGACCUCAUCAGGGAAGGCUCCGUGAUGCUGCAGGUCGAUGUUGACACAGAGAGGGGUGGGCUGAAGCUGAACCCCAACUUCCUGGUGGACUUUGGGAAGGAGCCCCUCGGCCCCGCCCUGGCCCAUGAGAUGCGCUACCCGGGGGGUGACUGCACCUCUGACAUCUGGAUCUGAAGUGAACCCGCCUCGGGCCGCCCCUGGGGGCCUGGCUCCCCUCCGCCUUCUCCUGGCCCCCACCAUGGCGGUCUGUCCGCUAAGGCCAAACCGAGACCCGGAAACCAACUGGGUGGUUCUUCCUUCUCCCGCCGGUGCUUGUUGCUCACUGUGCUGAUUUUUAUAUAAGCUCUUGGAAGCACCAAGAAAUAAACUGGUGAAACUGUC